AUGUUUUUCGCUUCCUACCAGGUCCUUUGCCUGACCUUACUCGUCUCUAGAAGCGUCGCCCAAUCAUGGGACAGUGGUAAUUAUUCGUUCAGUCCCCCCGUCUAUCCUUCCCCUCACGCUACCGGCGCGGGGGAUUGGAAGGCCGCUUUUGCGAGAGCCGACAGCUUCGUGUCUCAACUAACCCUCGAGGAGAAAGCUGAGAUGGUGACUGGUACCCCUGGUCCCUGUGUCGGAAACAUCCCUCCGAUUCCUCGUCUCGGCUUCAACGGCUUAUGUAUACAGGACGGUCCCCUAGCGAUCCGUCAGGCGGACUACGCCAGCGUAUUCCCGGCUGGAAUCGCCGCUGCUGCGUCCUGGGAUCGGGAUCUUAUUCGUCAGAGGGGGGUCCAGAUGGGCGAGGAGUUCAGAGGCAAGGGCGCGCAUGUUGUACUGGGCCCCGUUGCAGGCCCGUUGGGACGGAGUGCGUUGGGCGGGCGGAAUUGGGAAGGCUUCUCUCCCGAUCCAUACUUGACCGGUGUCGCCAUGGAGCAUACCAUCAAAGGCAUACAGUCCGCAGGUGUCCAGGCGUGCGCGAAGCAUUACAUCGGGAACGAGCAGGAGACACAGCGUGUUCCGAGCGUCGGCGCGGAUAAUUCUACUAUCGAGGCCUACUCGUCUAACAUUGAUGACAGAGCCUUCCACGAGCUUUACUCCUGGCCAUUCGCUGACUCCGUCCGGGCAGGAGUAGCCAGCGUCAUGUGCAGUUACAACCGCCUGAACCAGUCCUAUGGGUGCCAGAACUCGAAGACGCUCAACGGCGUCCUGAAAACGGAAUUUGGUUUCCAGGGAUAUGUUAUGUCGGAUUGGGGUGCAACACUAUCGGGUGUUCCAGCUAUCGAGGCGGGCUUGGACAUGAACAUGCCCGGCGGUAUAGCCUUCACGUCUGCUACCCCCUCCUACUUCGGCGCCAACAUCACGAUCGCUGUUCAGAACGGCACCCUUUCCGAGUCUCGGGUAGACGACAUGAUACGCCGAGUCCUCACCCCUUAUUUCUAUCUCAACCAGGACAAGGGGUAUCCCACUGUCGAUCCUUCCUCUGCCGGCCUGAACGCACUCUUCCCGCAGAGCAAUUGGGUGUACCACUUCGAUUUGAAUGGGACGACAAAUCGUGAUGUGCGAGACGACCACGCUGCCCUCAUCCGCGAACUUGGCUCUGCUGCAGUCGUUCUGCUGAAGAACACCAAUAACGCUCUGCCCUUGAAGAAACCACAGCACAUCGGCGUAUUCGGCAACGACGCCGGCGACCUCACCAACUCUCUGUACUUCUUCAUCGGAAACUUCGGCGGGCAGUAUGAGUAUGGUACGCAGCCGGUGGGUGGCGGCUCUGGUACAGGCAGGUUGUCGUAUGUUGUGCCUCCUCUAGACGCGAUCAAGGCUAGAGCUAGGAAGGACGGAGCUUUGGUUCAGUACAUCUUGAAUAACACUAUGGCUUCGACCGACCUGACAACUCUGUGGCCUCCCGCGCAGGAGCUAGACGUCUGCUUGGUGUUCCUGAAGACUUGGGCCACGGAGAAUUUUGAUCGUAGUUCGUUGGAGGUCGACUGGGAUGGUAAUGCGGUAGUAGAGAACGUGGCGAACAACUGCAGCAACACUGUAGUCAUCUCUCAUUCCGGUGGUGUUAACACUCUGCCCUUCGCAUCCCAUUCGAAUGUCACUGCCAUCCUUGCUGCUCACUAUCCCGGCGAGGAGUCUGGGAACUCCAUCGUCGACAUCUUGUAUGGCGACGUCAAUCCCUCGGGCAAGCUCCCUUACACGAUCGCCUAUAACGAGAGCGACUAUAACGCGCCCAUCCUGAACGUUACGAACCCGGGGCCGAACGAUUGGCAAUUGAAUUACACCGAGUCGCUCCUCAUCGACUACCGCUACUUCGACUAUAACAACAAGUCCGUGCUCUACGAGUUCGGAUAUGGCUUGUCCUACACCAAUUUCUCAUUGUCGGGUCUUGCAGUCAAGAAGGUCUCCAGUGGUGACCUGACGGCGCUGCCGCCUCCGGUGAAGGUUGUCCCCGGAGGCAACCCUUCGCUGUGGGAGCCCGUUCUGAAGGUGUCGACCAAGGUCAGCAAUACGGGCGCAGUCAAGGGUGCUACGGUUCCGCAGCUUUAUCUCACCUUCCCCGCGACUGUUCCCUCUGGGACGCCGCUGAGGCAGCUGCGAGGAUUCGAGAAGGUGAAUCUGAGUCCGGGGGAGAGCUCUUCAGUUCAGUUCCUCCUGACGAGGCGGGAUAUUAGCUAUUGGGACGUAGAGGCGCAGCAGUGGAGGAUCCCUGAGGGUGGACUGACGCUCAGCGUGGGCUUCAGCAGUCGGGAUAUCAAGCACACCACGACCGUGCGUGCGCUGUGA